UUUUAUCAAUUUCACAGAGAAAGUCGAAAUCAGAAUCAGUGAAAAUGGAGGGCGCAGGAGAAGAAGGAAUUGAUAGGAUGGAGGACUCCAAGGACUUGCAGCAACAGAGCAAAGCCUUCGAUAAGCUCACUGACCGCGUCGAAGAUCGCCAGCUCGACUCCACCCGUGUCCAGGAGGCCAUGGCUUCCAUCGCUGCCACCUCCGAAGCCGACUUGGAAGCCAUGAGAAAGAGGGAGAAAGAAUUGGCUACUGUGAAGAUCAAUCCACGCGAUGUCGAGAUAAUUGCUAAUGAACUAGAGCUGGACAAGUUGGUGGCUGAGAGGACCUUGAGGGAGCACAAAGGUGAUGCUGUUGCUGCCAUUCGACACUUGCUUCACUAGAUAUAUGACUAGCCUGUCAGCUUUAGGGAUAAUGGAUAUGUUGCAAGGAUUUGAGUUUUUCGAAUUUUGAUUGCUAAUGCCAUUGGAUAUUCAGAUGUGUCCAUCGCAGAAUAUGUUGUUGUACUGAUGAUAUAUGUGAUGCUUGGUUUUCGCAUGUUUGGCUUCAAAGUACUGUUUUGUGUGAAUUGAGUUUUCAAGUUUUGGUUGUUGAAUGCUACAUCAAUUGUGUAGUAUGUUGUAGUACUGGUGAUAUAUGCAAU